AUGGCGACGGGUCCGGCCACUCAAUCGCUCAAGUGCGUGGUGACUGGUGAUGGUGCAGUGGGCAAAACAUGUCUGCUCAUCUCGUACACAACAAAUGCCUUUCCCGGGGAGUAUAUCCCGACCGUCUUUGACAACUACACGGCCUCGGUCAUGGUGGAUGGCCGGCCGAUUAGCCUGGGACUGUGGGAUACCGCCGGACAAGAAGAUUACGACCGCCUCAGGCCGCUCUCCUACCCGCAAACCGACGUUUUCCUGAUCUGUUUCUCGAUCGUCAGCCCACCCUCCUUCGAUAACGUCAAGGCCAAGUGGUUCCCGGAGAUCGAGCACCAUGCCCCCAAUGUCCCCAUCAUCCUGGUCGGUACUAAGCUGGACCUUCGAGACGACCGUGCAACCACCGAAGCCCUUCGAUCCCGCAAGAUGGAGCCCGUCUCCUACGAGCAGGCCCUAGCUGUGGCCAAGGAAAUCCGCGCCCAUAAGUACCUGGAAUGUUCCGCCCUGACGCAGCGGAACCUGAAGAGCGUCUUUGACGAAGCUAUUCGUGCUGUCCUUAACCCCCGUCCGGCCGCAAAGUCCGGGAGAAAGAACAAAUGCAAGAUCCUGUAG